AUGCACUCAAGCAAUCCACCUCCAUUAAAUACUUCAUUCUCUUCAAUUCCUCCUUCAAAGAGAACUUCUGUUGUGUUUGAACCUUAUGCCUUGCAUAUGAUUGCAAGCGUUAUUAGGGAUUUACAAUUUCUUCGUCAACAAGGUUAUAUUUCAUUCGCUGCACUAGAAGAAAUUAUAGAAAGAUUGCCAAAACCUGUAGUUCACGCGGCACCUCAUACUCCUCCAGCUCCUUCACCUUCUUCCUCACCAAUACCACAACCAGAGUCACCAGCUGUUUCUAUAAAAUCUGAUAUUUCACAAAAACGCAAUUCAAAUACUUCUAUAACACAGAGACCUCCUUCAACGUCGUCUCAGCUUUUACAGCAACAACAAUUACAACGAGAAGAGCAACCAUUGCAUUCUUUAGCACAAGGUAAAUCUAUUGCUGAAGAAGAAAAUCAAAAUCAACAGUUGCAACAAAAAUCAGCGCGUCGACAAAGUCCUACAACCACACCUCAACAGGUUAAUACGACACCACCUCCAUUACAAAAUUCUUCUCCCCCUUCCCAAUCACAAUUACAGCAAAAUGAAGAUGAUGAUGUUGUGAAUGCUGGACAACCACAACUUGAAUCAAUUCCAAAACCUGCUGUACCUUCUCGCGCUUCUGUUUAUCAACCAGUUUCUCCAGUUCCUUCAGUUCCUUCUCCACAAUCUAGCUCAAAUAUAAGUUCAAACACUAUUUCGAGUACAGGAGCUAUAUUGGCAACUAGACCUUUACCUUUGCCUCCAAAUGCACCUAAUUCAUCACCCCCACGUCCCCAACCUCUUCCAAUUUUCGAUAAUAAAUAUGAAGAAGCUGAAUAUGAAAAGUCAAUUAAUCAACAACAACUUAAAGAUACUAUUUUACCUGCCUAUAGUCUUUCAAUGGUUGAGGCCAUGUGGGACUUUGUUAGCGAUGAUGUCGGAGAUUUAAGUUUUAAAAAAGGUGAUAUUGUGGAAGUGGUUGAAUAUGUAAAUAUGGAUUGGUGGAAAGGUAGAAUUCAAGGAACAAGUAAUGUCGGAAUAUUUCCAAGAGUAUAUACAAAAAUUUUGAAUACACAAGUUCCCUUUAAUCAGGUUAUACCUGAUCAGCCGAUAUCAAAUAAUACUGCGUAUUAUAAUCAAAGAUUGCCUCAACAUUCAAAUACAAUGUCACCUUACUCUUCACAGCAUUAUCAACUUUCACAGUCUCCUUCACAAUUACCCUCGCAGGUACAACACCAACAAUUACCUCCAACACAACAACAACAACAAAAUACUUAUACAACGUAUCAACAUCACCCAUCAUCUGUACAAACCGUAUAUGAUUCUGUAUAUGCUAAUCAUACUUCAAAUGUAGCUUCACAACAUCAUUAUCUUAAUACAAGAAACAGUGCAACUUCAUUAAACAAUCAACAACAAUAUUAUAAAUAUAGUUAG